AUGGGGCUUCAGCAGCCACAACCACAUCUGUCAAGGCAGGGGUUACAUGGAUCCCAGUCUUCGUCAUCAUCACCAGUUCAUGCCGGUGGGCUCUAUUCGAACAUCUCGCAGUUGCAGCAACUCCAGUAUCCGCAGAAGCAGGGUCAUUCUGAUCAUAAUACGGAACAAAUGGGCCAAGGCGUAGCUCACUUGCCCCAGCACUUGGCAUUCUUACAGACACAAUCAGUCUCCCCACAGAUGUUGAGCCAGCAUCGUCAGAGAUCCAACCUGUCAGGUGAGGCUCACAAUCCUUAUGCUCAUGGCUCGAGCAUGCCUAUGAAAGGAGUCCACACAGACGACUCUUUGCUCAACGGUGGUGGUAUAAAUCUAUUGGGCAAGCAGAUGGGCUCCAUGACUCUCAAUGAUCAAUAA